AUGGACAGGCUGAUUAUCAACGCCGUGCAGUUGAGACGUGGUGCAGCUGUCAGUCAAGUCUCCACUGCCAAGAGAGCUUAUCUGACGGAUCGCAUCUCUCUCUCCCUCUCUUACAUACAGCAGCAGAAGAGAAUCGGGGAGGGGACGGGAGUGAGAGCAGUGGGUGUGCGUGAGUUGCGUGUGUCCAACUGUGAGACGCGUGAUCGCCUCUGGGGCGAAAAAUUUUGA